CUUCAGCAUUCUGCACGUCUUGUUCAAUAGGAACCAAAGUUCUCCUACAACAAAUUGAUCUUAUCCCUUUUAUGGCAUUGUGAUAACUUGCUCUUUGUAUCUCCAGCGAUACAACGCAAUGCCGUCUGGCUCCACUUCGCUGCGACGCAUUGCGCAGCGAUCAAUCUCAGUCUCCUCACGAUGUCCCCGUCAAGCCUAUGCCUCACUGGCGACGGCGGCUUCAUCCUCACGAAGUUAUGACCCGACUCUCGAUUCCUCAAUACCGCAGGCCCCUCGACAUCUCCCCACGCAACCGCCUUCAUUCAAGCCCCCGGAGUUCCGCAAAUCGCAGCUGCUCCGGCAAUACAUCUCCCUCCUCAAAUCCUCUCAAGUGGUUCUUCUGUUCCAACACAAUAACUUGAAGGCAUCCGAAUGGGCCGCGAUACGACGGGAAUUGGCAGCGGCCCUCCUUGCCACGGACAAAGAUGCUGCGUCUAUCUCCCCCGAUACUCCUCCGGCCACCACGGCCGACUCCAUCAGGUUCAACGUCACGAAAACGCAUAUUCUCGAGAUUGCGCUUCAGCUCCUUGAGUACUACAAACCUCCACAGCUAUCGAGCAGCACGUCAACGUCGGCGCCUACCACACUUGCUGGCGAGGAACCGGCAUAUACCCAUUACCUCUCCGAAUACGCGCAGAGGUCCAUCCGAAAGACCCCCCCACAUCCAUUGAAGCCCCUCAUGAGCGGUCCGAUUGCGCUCCUUUCCUUCCCUUCCGUUUCCCCCGACCAUCUGGCGUCGGCGUUGCGAAUCCUAUCGCCCGACAAGCAAUUUCCCGCGCCCAGGAAACGCAUCAACCCCGAUUACCACGAACCGGCGGUGCAGAGUGGACUGCAAAAGUUGAUCUUGCUGGGAGCAAGGGUGCAGGAGACCCCGGAAUCGCAGGAGCGGCGCGAUGCGCGGUUUUUGGACAAUUGGGGGAUUCGAUGGAUCGCGGGAUUGAAUGGGCUUGGGGGGCUUCGUGGCGAGCUUGCCGCGUUGUUGAAUUAUUCGGGUAUGGGCCUGGUCGGUGCUCUUGAAGCGAACUCGUUGAAUUUGUGGAGGACCAUGGAAGGGCGCAAACAAAUGCUCGAGGAUGGCGAGAAAGGUGAGAAGAGCGAAUAGUUGGGGGGAGCAAUUGGCGAAAGCAGAAUGUGAAUGAAUACACCGUUAUCAAAAUGUACUAUAUGUGUCGAUAUUGUCCACGAAAUAAAGCAUUAGAGGCUUAUAAAGCGUGC